UGCUAAAUGCUCCUUGCCAGCAUACUUUUCCCAUAUAGAAAAGGACAGCAUUGUCUCUCCACUGAUCUUGUAAGUAACCUCAACAAAUUCAUCCACCAUCCAAAGUUGAGCAUAUCCUCAAAAUGUCCAAAUUGACCAUAAUAUUGAUAAUAUAUAUUGAAGAAGAACACAAUACCACACAACCAUCACUAUAUAUGUUCUACAAAGCUGAGGAAAUAAGACAUAGGUUCUUAGAUCAAAGCAAUCAUAGGUAGAUAAUAGCUAUUCAAAAUGGCCUUGCAGAUUUACUUCUCAAUCCUUUUUAUUGCAACUUUGGCUCUAUGCACUUCAGCAAAUUAUAAUUCGGUUAAUUUUAGUUAUAUUGGACCAAAUGGUCCUGAGAAGUGGGGAACUCUGAGUCCAUCUUUCGCGGCAUGUUCAAAUGGGAAAGCACAAAGUCCAGUGGAUCUUGUAAUGACAGAUAUUGUCAUGAACCAGGAAUUGAAAUCCUUAGACAGAAACUACCUUCCCACAAAUGCUACACUUGUUAACAACCAAUUCAACAUUGGGGUACAUUUUGAAGGUAAAGUGGGAGAUAUUAACAUAAAUGGAAUGAAUUAUUCAUUGAGACAACUUCACUGGCAUGCACCUGCAGAGCACAGGGCUCAUGGUCGUUUACAUGAGGCAGAGCUCCACCUAGUUCACCUCACAGAAGAUAACAAUAACAUAGCAGUUAUUGCAGCCCUCUACAAUUUGGGUGAUCCUGAUCCUCUAAUCUCCAAGAUUGAAGACAAGUUCUAUGAGCUAGCCAAUGAGAACCGUGUGGGAAAUAAAGAUGCCAAAAUUGCCCUUGGCACCUUUGAUGUAGAGGAAAUAAAUAAAAGGAUCCAUAGAUAUUAUAGAUAUAUUGGCUCUCUCACUACCCCUCCAUGCAAAGAAGGUGUCAUUUGGAACAUCAUUGGCAAGGUGAGGACACUCUCAAAGGAACAACUAAAACUUCUAAAGGCACCAUUGGGUCCGGAGUUUCAGCACAACGCAAGGCCACUUCAGCCAUUGAAUGGUCGCAAAUUUGAAAUGUACAACUACCACAAAUAGAGACCGGGGAUUCAAACACCAUGAAUUAAAUGUAGUUUUUAACAAAUUUUAUGAUGAUGCUAGGUACUGGUUUUUUUGCACCUGAUGUUAGUAUCCUCCUCUAAACUGGAAAAAUAAUGAGGCAUCAGAAAAACUGAGAGUUCUCUAUUCUAAGGAUGUUCUACUAGGACACUUUUCUAGGAUUUUGGACAACCACUUUGUUUUUUUUUUUUUUUUUUUCGUGAUAAUCAAAUCACUCAAUUUAUGGUCUUUACCAAAAUGAAUUUAUGUAAAUCUUCAUUCCUCAUAUGAUAUAUAAUAAAAUAGUAUACUAUUCUCUAGCCAAAAAAAUAGUAUACUAUUAAAUGUAGCAUUUGGAAAA